AUGUCCAGUAAUAGACUUCAGUCGAAUGAUCGGAAGUUUGUCAUGGUUGUUCCUGAACAAUUCAUUGAUUCAAAGAAUGAUAUCCCAUCUCAGCAUCAAUACUCACAACAACAUCACAAUAUCCAUCAUGAACAGCAACAUCAACGGCAACAGCAACAACAAUUAAAGAUUCAUCAAGAGAUGGUACAUCUUCAACAACAACAACAACAGCAAUUGGAUGCCAAUAAUGUAUAUUUACAAAGGUUUAAUCAUCAUGAACCACUAGAUAGCAAUCCAAUAAUACCCAUACCAACAACAACAGCAACAACAUCUGCCAUGACAAAUACAACUAAUUCAAAUUAUGAUACAGGAUUAACACAAUUUGAUUUAAAAUCCAAAGAUUCUAAAUAUAAACGAUGGACUCCAAGAAUGGAUCAAUAUUUAAUUAAAUUAUUAAGUGAUGUAGCACAUUCAUAUCCUAGAGGAGUAGCGGCAGAAAUGAAUAAAAAAGCAUGGUUAUAUGUUUGUAAACAAUUAAGAUUAGCAAAUCCAGAAACUGUUUAUUCAACAUAUUCAAAAUAUUCAAUUCAACAGCAUUUAAUUAAUGUAAUUCAUCAUCGUUAUAAAAUUUGGUAUAAAUUAAUGGUUCAUAGCAAAUCUAUUGCUUCUGGUUAUUCAUAUAAAUGGAAUCCUGAACUUGGGAAAUUUCAAAUUAUUGAUUUAAAUACAAAAACAUUUAUAUUAGAUGUACGACAAGUUAAACUGAUUUUAUACAGUGAUUCAUUAAAUUUACCAAAUUUAUCAAAUUUAAAUAAAGGUAAUUUAAUUACAAAUGAUUUUUUUUUAAGUGAUAAUCUUAGAUAUAUUUCAGUUUAUCAUAAUGAAAUUUUACCAUUGGCUAUUAAAUUAGAUGAAAAAUUUCUUGAAGGAUUUGAAGAUGGAAAUAUUUAUAGACAAGUUCCAAAAUUUAAUAAUUAUCCAGAAUCUAAAAAUGCUUAUCUAAAACCAUUAUCUCAAGUUAAAAAAAAUCCAGGAAUUUCAAAAAAACGUAAAGAAUCAACAAGGAAAAGAAAUCAAUUUAAUAGCAUUGAUAAUGAUAAUGAUAAUAAUGAUAACCACCAACAUCAUGAUCAUCAUGAUGUUGAUGAUGUUGGUAAUCAAAAUGAUGAACAACAAGAUAGACACGUUGUAUUCAAUCAAGAUGUUUUACCUUUAGAAGAAUCAGUAGAUCCAGAUUUGAAACGUGCUAGAUUAGAAUAUCAAAAUCCAUCUACUUCUACUAUUCGAAAUCAACUCCCCAUUCAACAACAACAACAACAACAACAGUCAUCCCUACCACCACAGCGACAGCCACCCAUACCACAGCAACAACAAACAUCAAAUCAACUUCAACAACUUCAACAGCAGCAGCAACAACAACAACAACAGACUCAUGUACAAACACCACAAAGACCAGCUAUGCAGAUGAAUAUAGAUAUUGAAAGUGCAUUAACUUCUGCAACAAUUGCAGCAAUGAAUGCGCCGCCUAUUAGAAGUUCAAAAGAUACAUCACCAUUUUAUAUAAAAGAUGCGAAAUGGUUCAAUAAAUUAAUUGAAUUAUUUGAUAAUGGUCAUAUCCGAGCAGAUGAAGUAUUAAGUAUCUGUGAAGGUGUAAGAGAUAAUAAGAUACCUUUAUUUAUGUUGAAUGUUUUAGAUCAUAGCUAUUAUCCAACAAGAACAAAUGAUGGAACUACAACAACUGCACAUCAUCGUGACAUCCCCGAUGACGAAACUACUAAAAGAAUUAGAGAAUUUAUGUUGCCAAUGGUAUAUAAUAGUUAG